AAACUUUUCAUUGAUACUAAUAAAUCCUCUAAAGCAACCGAACCACCGCUAGCACCACCAUCUACCACCGUCAGUUAGUCUAAAUUCUAGACCUAAUCAAGGUGCUCAACCCAAUAUGGAAACUCGUGGUUGGAAAUCUCAAUUGCAUCCUGGUUCACGCCAAAGAGUUACCAGCAUAUUAAUAGACACAUUAAAGAAACAUAUUCCUAUUUCUAGUCGAGAGGGAUUAAAUGAACUUGAGAAGAUUGCUCAAAAGUAUGAAGAGUGGGUUUUUACUCAUGCAACAAGCCAGUGUGAUUAUAUAUGGACAAUAUCUAGGAAGAUGUGUACAAUAAAGGAUCCAUCGCGAGAUAUGGCCAACUAUAUAACAUUGAAUCAAGUUGGCACUACUAAUGAAAUGGAAUAGAUAGUGCCAUUCUACAUUUCUAACUUUUUUUUGGGAAUGUUUCAUUGAUAUUGAUCUACAUGAAAUGUCACGUGUUUAUCUAGCGUGCUAUGUUAUCAAUUCUAGUGAAAUAAAAUUAUCGGACGAGUCUUCUUCUUGCAUAAGUUUGCUUCAAAUUAAUUGAACGUAA